GCGUGCUGCCGGCCCGCGAGCUGCGUCUAAGCAUGGACGUAGACGCCGAAAGAGAGAAAAUAACGCAGGAGAUCAAGGAGCUGGAAAGGAUCUUGGAUCCCGGCUCCGCGAGUUUCAACGUGGAAGUCUCGGAAUCAAGUCUCGAUUCGGAUUCCGACGCAGGUUUGCUGCCCGGCGAGGACUCGGACGCUGCUGGCGCCCUGAUCUCGGAAGAAGAGAGGUGGGACGAAGCCAGCAAUGAUGAGGACGACCCCAAGAAGACGCUUCCCGAAGACCCAGAGACCUGCCUGCAGCUGAACAUGGUGUACCAGGAGGUCAUCCAAGAGAAGCUGGCAGAGGUCAGCUUGCUGCUGGCCCAGAACCGGGAGCAGCAGGAGGAAGUCAUGUGGGACCUGGCAGGAUCCAAAGGCCCCAAGGUGAAGGACGGCAAGAGCCUGCCCCUGAACCUGUACGUUGGGCACUUCCUGAAGCCAUACUUCAAGGACAAGGUCACUGGGGUGGGUCCUCCUGCCAACGAGGAGGCGCGGGACAAGGCUGCCCAGGGCAUCAAGGCUUUUGAGCAGCUCCUGGCGACCAAAUGGAAGAGCUGGGAGAAGGCCCUGCUCAGGAAGUCAGUGGUGAGCGACCGUCUGCAGCGCCUGCUCCAGCCCAAGUUGCUGAAGCUCGAGUACCUGCACCAGAAGAAGAGCAAGGUCGCGAGUGAGGCGGAGAGGCAGGUCCUGGAGAAGCAGACCGGCGAGGCUGAGAAGGAGAUCCGGGAGAUCAAUCAGCUCCCCGAGGAGGCCUUGCUGGGGAGCCGGCUGGACAGCCAUGACUGGGCGAAGAUUUCCAACAUCAACUUUGAAGGUGGCCGCAGCGCAGAGGAGAUCCGGAAGUUCUGGCAGAACUGGGAACACCCCAGCAUCAAUAAGCAGGAGUGGACCAAGCAGGAGGUGGACCAGCUACAGGCCAUUGCGGCCAGGCACGGCCACCUGCAGUGGCAGGACAUUGCCGAGGAGUUGGGGACCAGCCGCAGCGCCUUCCAGUGUCUGCAGAAGUACCAGCAGCACAGCAAGGCCCUGAGGCGCAGGGAGUGGACGGAGGAGGAGGACCACAUGCUCACCCAGCUGGUGCAGGAGAUGCGCGUGGGCCGCCACAUCCCCUACCGCAGAAUCGUCUACUACAUGGAAGGGAGAGACUCCAUGCAGCUCACCUACCGGUGGACCAAGAGCUUGGACCCCAGCCUCAGAAAGGGCCUCUGGACCCCAGAGGAGGAUGCGAAGUUGCUUCAGGCGGUUGCCAAGUACGGGGAGCAGGAUUGGUUUAAAAUCCGGGAAGAGGUGCCAGGUCGGAGCGAUGCCCAGUGCCGAGAUCGCUACCUCAGGAGGCUGCACUGCAGCCUGAAGAAGGGGCGGUGGAACCCCAAGGAGGAGGAGAAGUUGAUCGAGCUGAUUGAGAAGCACGGUGUCGGUCACUGGGAGAGAAUAGCCUCCGAACUCCCGCACCGGACGGGCUCCCAGUGUCUGAGCAAGUGGAAGGUCAUGGUCAGGAGGCAGGGUCGGGGCCGAAGGCGGCGGCGGCGCCUGCGCAGUGUGCGGUGGAGCUCCAGCAGCGGGGACAGCAGCAGCGGGGACAGCAGCAGCCGGGACAGCAGCAGCCGGGACAGCAGCAGCGAGGACUCGGAGCCGGCGGACGCCCCAGAUGCCCGGGAGGGUGGCCGGGCACUACCGUCGGCACAGCACCCCGUGCCGGACAUGGACCUGUGGGUUCCUGCCAGGCAGAGUGCCCACGCCCUGAGGGCAGCAGGAGCUGCCUCGCCCGGCCCUUCCAAGGCCUCCGAUGUGGCUCAAGGUGGCAGCAAGGGAGCGGAGAAAGUGGGCUGGGCACAGGCCGCCUCCGGGACCCACAGCGCCAGCCUGACGGAUGUCGGGGACCUACGCUGCGCGGACUCUGAUCCCACGAGCUCCGAGGGGCCAGCAGACAAGGUGGGCGUGGCCCUGGUGUGCCCAGGACUAGGGGGAUUGGGUGCCGCUGUUUGGCCGUCACCAAGGCUGAACCUCAGGGCGGUGGCUGGCCUGACGUCCUUGCCUGAGGACAUCAGCUUCUGGCCCGUGUGA